AUGCCUAAAACCAUUUCAUCCAAACUAUCUCCAUUGUCUCAACACGACUCGAAUUAUUUCGCUUCGUUAGUGCAAUCAAAACAAGCAUUCUCUUUUGGUUAUGACAAAUUCUGCUCCAAGGCAAAUUUAGCCUGCUCAACAACAUCUCAGAGCCUUCUUCAAGGAGUUAAAAAUGCGUACAACAAAUACAACGAUAAAUAUUUUCCUGAAUUAUUUACUUCGGUUGCAAGUAAAGAGGCCAUAGAAACAAGCAUUCUGUAUAGUAGCUCUGCCAGCUUGAAAGGUGAGAUUAAAUCAUGUCCCAAUUCUCUUAAGGAAAUGAUAGAAUUCUCCAAGAAAUCUAUGGGUGAGGAGAAACUGGUUGCAUUAACUGGCCAAAGCACAAAAGGGUCGGAAAAGGAGCUCGAGAUUCAAAAUAUCAAACAAUUUCAUUCUGAAAAAGUUGUGUCAUGUCACGAAAUUUUCUAUCCCUUUGCUACUUACUAUUGUCAUCGGCUCUCCUCCAGUCGACUGUACGUUGUUGAUUUUGUCGACCCGAAGAUGAAAAUUCCGGUGAACCAGCUAUUGGCAAUAUGUCACAUGGAUACAUCGGAAUGGGCAGCGAAACAGAAAGCGUUUAACAUUUUGAAAUUUUCUCCAAGGCAUGGUGAGGUGUGCCACUGGUUCACACAAAUUGAUCUUGUUUGGAUGGGAAGUAAUUAA